ACCUCUAUCAAUACGUAUACCAUAUAUGGUAAUGCAACCACACACUCCGCAUACUACGGGACUAAUCGGCUGUACCACCGAGGAUUAUGGUCGAAGCAGAACUCCUCUCAAUCGACGGAAGCAAAGCAGGUGGUCUCGAAUCGGUUUCCUCCUCUCCGUUUUCACUCAGUUUUCAUUUUGCAGCGGCUCAAACAGGUCAAACUCAGACAGUCUCAGUCGUGUCCAUCCAUCGACUAGGAAUUUCUCCUACUGCAGCAAUUGUCGAAUUGGCCGAAUCCUUCGCAUCUCAGUCAUGGCCCGUUCAUUCCUGCCGCUCUUGGCCACCGCUUUAGCAGCCACCAGCGCCAACAUGGCCAGCGCCGCCGUCUCCAACUCCAGCAUCUGCUCCAGUGCCGCGUUCCAAGCUCUUUCGGGCACGCGCCUGGGCGACAGUCCCAUCUUCGUGCGCGCCUUGGUGCAGGGCGACGAAGUCUGCGUCGAAUACCAGCUUGAAGCGUCCGUGGCCAGCUCGGCCACGUGGUUUGGCGUCGGGCCAUCGCGUGGCUCCAGCAUGGUGAGCAGUCCGGCCGCCAAUGUCAUGAUGUUCUUCAAGGACAGCGGCACCCCGACGUCCUACGUGCUGGGCGGCUACGUUAACAGCGACGUGACGGAGGAGAGCGAUCUGUCCUCCUUCGUGGUGGGCUCGGCCAGCACCACCAGCAUGAGCUUCAGCUUCCAGCGCACUUUGGCGGCCGCUUCCAGUUCGGAUGUAGCCAUCUCGGCCACGGGCUCCACAGACUUUAUCUGGGCCUACGGCACCUCGUGGCCCAUUUCCACGCACAGAAGUGGCACUAACGGCGUCGCCACCUUCAACGUCGCGGCCGCGGCCACGGCCACGGGCUCCAAUGCGGGUGCCAGCACGACCGUCAGCUCCAGUACGUCCACGCCCUGGUGCGACGAUAAGAACUGCCCGGGUAUCGUCGGCGGCGUCGCCUUUGCCACUAUGGCCGUGUGCGGCCUGCUGCUUACUGCGGCCCUCAAGUCUUCGCCCGUCGGUAAGAUCCUGCUGCACCGCACGGUGGCCCCGCCUCCGGUCAAGAUGACGACCAACGCGCCGGUGGCCAAGCCUCACACUAUGUUCAUGCAAACACUGGCCGAUCUCCACCUCGGCGAGCUGCUGGUUAUGCUCAUUUUCGUUGCGGCCGUGAUUGUACUCAUCGCUCUACUAAGCGACGAGCAGAACUACGUCGUGUCGGGCCAAGUGAGUCUGCUGAUCCUCAUGUUCCUCAUCCUCCCCGUGGCCCGCCUGCCCGUGUGGUCGGUUCUCUUCGGCAGUUCGUUCGAGCGUAUUGUCAAGUUCCACCGCUGGCUCGGCCUCAUUAUGAACGUCGCAGUGAUCGUCCACGUCGUGCAGGCCAGUGACGUUGUGGACCUCACACUUAACGAGAAGUACGGCGAAGUGACGCCUCUGCCUGGCUUCGUGGCGUUCAUCUGCUUCAUCGCGAUGCUGUUCCUGUCGAUCGAGUACAUCCGUCGCAUGUUCUUCGAGGUUUUCUACUUCACACACCGCGUAUUGUCCAUUGUGGGCUUCGUCUUCACUAUUCUACACGCCCCCAAGUUUAUCGGCCUCGCUCUUUGUGUUCCUCUUGGACUGUACGCUCUCGGUCUGCUGUAUCGUUGGUCCAGCGCCUUCACCGGUUCAUACAAGGCUUCUGCGAUCGUACACUCCGGCUCGAACUCGACUACACUUGUCCUGGAAUCCACCCCAAAGACUGGCAAGAUGGCCAUGAACGUCAACCCUGGCUCGUACUUCCUCGUGCGUCUACCGGCCAUCUCGGCCACGCAAUGGCACCCGUUCUCGUCUAUUGUGACUCCGGACGGUAAGUCGCUGGGUUUCACUAUCAAGGCUAUGGGCAAUGGCUCGUUCACGCGUAAACUACUGGAGAAGGCUGGUACGCAGUACGAUUUCACUGCGAACCUGUGUGGCCCGUUCGGUAAGAUGUCACUCAAUGUGGACAGCUACGACGCUGUUGUGCUGGUUGCUGGCGGUGUUGGUAUCACUCCGAUGAUGAGUCUUAUCAACCAGACGCGCUUGUUCCCGACUGCUACGGGCGAUUCGGACAAGGCUCCCAAGGCUUCGGACUGGUAUGUGCUGUGGUCCGUACGCGAGCCCGAAGAUAUCUUGAUGAUGGAGCAGUUCUUGCCGACCCACGCUCAGCUGGACUACGCGGCCCGUGCCAGUAUUCAGGACCCCAACAUGGCCAUCCUCGGCAACAAUGCGCCGGCUCCAGUUAACAUUAACUGGAUGUUCCAUGUGUCGAACGCUCGCACUGAUGGUGUGGUUACCCGUGCGAACGGCGAGACGUUGUCGUACCGCGGUGGCCAGCCCAUUCUCGAUGAGCUGAUCAACACAAGUCGCUUUAACGGCAGGAAGGUGACGGUGGUGGCUUGCGGUCCCCCGACCAUGACGGUCGAGGCCCAGGCACUUGCUCGCAACUGCAACUUCGACUUCCACAAGGAGGUUUUCAACUGGUAAACGCAUACAACAUCAUUUUGGUUUCAAUAGCAAUAAGUAGUCGAGGGCAAUAAUGGUAUCUUUCAUUCCUUCGUUCUGCCA